AUGUCGGGUGAUCGGGAGAGGAUGCCUUACUACGGAUACCGGGAGGGCGGGCCCGAGUCCGACUCUGAAGGCGGCUGCUCAGAUUCGGAUGGGGGGUAUUCGGACUCUGAGGGCGGCCUGAGCACGGAGAGCACGGUGGGGCAAGGCCUGCCCUUCCCCGGCUUCACGCCGGUCGCUCUCCGAUACCUCACGCAAGAGACGAGACCGAGAAGCUGGUGUCUCAAACUCAUUACUAAUCCAUAUCCUUUUCAAUAG